AUGAAAGGGAGUGCUCAGAUGCUCAAAAUCAUUCUCAUUGGAUCUUCUGGUGUUGGGAAGACUUCGAUCAUCCAAAGAUUUGUUACGAACAAGUUUGACCCGAUCUACAAGUCUACCAUUGGGUGUGACUUUCUUGCGAAAACGGUGAAUGUAGAUGGAAGGGAUUAUUCUUUACAAAUUUGGGAUACUGCAGGACAUGAACGUUUUAGUAGUAUAGUGAAUUCAUUUUAUCGUGGAAGUGAUGGUGCAAUAGUGGUAUUUGAUGUCACAAGUCCACCUUCAUUCACUGACAUUUCUGGAUGGAUUGGGGAGUUUGAGAAAGGUGUGAAUUCAAAAGAGGUGCCUAUAGUAAUAGCCGCAAAUAAAGUUGAUGUAGACUCGCGGAUGGUAUCUGAAGAAACUGGAAGACAAUGGGCUGUUGGGAGAGGGUAUACUUAUGUCGAGACAAGUGCUGCGACUUCUAAUGGAGUUUCUGAUCUCUUUGUGGAAAUGGUCAAAGCAAUUUCAGCGUAUAAAAAAGGUGGUAACGAUGAAGGACUGGAACCAAUCCCAAUAGGAAAUGUACAAAAUAAAGAAGACGGAGGAUGCUGCUAG